AUGAAGGUGAUAGAGAAGAUACAAGAGGCGCUAUUGAACGAGAAGAAGGUUGUUUUCUCGUUCGAAUUCUUUCCACCGAGGACGGAGGAUGGUGUCGACGGGCUCUUCGAGAAGAUGGAGCGGAUGGCAGCCUACAACCCGGCAUUCUGCGACAUCACGUGGGGCGCCGGGGGCUCGACCGCGGAGCUCACCCUAGACAUCGCGGCGAAGAUGGAGAACAUGGUGUGCGUUGACACCAUGAUGCACCUGACCUGCACGAACAUGCCCCUUGAGAAGAUCGACCACGCCUUGGACACCAUCAAGUCUAAGGGAAUCCGGAACGUCCUUGCCCUCCGCGGAGACCCGCCUCGCGGCCAGGACAAGUUCGUCCAAGUGCAAGGCGGAUUUGCCUGUGCCCUAGACCUGGUGAAACAUAUAAGGGCCAAGUAUGGAGACUACUUUGGCAUUACUGUUGCUGGUUAUCCAGAGGCACAUCCGGAUAUGAUAGGAAGCUGUGGGGUCCCUACACUUGAAGGCUAUCAUAAGGAUCUGGCUUAUUUGAAGAGAAAGGUUGAUGCUGGGGCUGACUUGAUCAUUACACAAUUAUUCUACGACACGGAUAUUUUCCUCAAAUUCGUCAAUGACUGCCGCCAAGUUGGAAUUACUUGUCCCAUUGUUCCAGGAAUUAUGCCUAUCAAUAACUAUAAAGGCUUUUUGCGUAUGACUGGCUUUUGUAAAACAAAGGUUCCUGCUGAGAUUGCUGCUGCGUUGGAGCCUAUCAAGGACAAUGAAGAAGCUGUUAAAUCCUAUGGAAUUUACCUUGGAACAGAAAUGUGCAAGAAGAUUUUGGCCCAUGGGAUUAGAACAUUGCAUUUUUAUACUUUGAACUUGGAGAAGUCAGCAUUAGCUAUACUAUCCAAUCUUGGUUUGAUUGAAGAGGCCAAAAUAUCAAGGUCCUUGCCUUGGAGACGUCCGACAAACGUUUUCCGAGUUAAAGAAGAUGUUCGGCCAAUAUUCUGGGCCAAUCGGCCAAAGAGUUAUUUAUCAAGGACUACAGACUGGGACCAGUAUCCUAAUGGGCGAUGGGGCGAUUCUCUUAAUCCUUCAUAUGGAGCAAUAACUGAUUAUGAGGUCAUGCAGUCACGUGCACGUGGGAAGAGACUUCUAGAAGAAUGGGGUGUUCCCUUGAGAAGUUCCGAAGAUAUUCAUGAGAAAUUUAAGGAAUUCUGUGUUGGGAAGUUAAGAAGUAGUCCUUGGUCAGAAUUUGAUGGUCUUCAGCCGGAGAGUAGAAUUAUCAGUGAACAACUAAUGAAAAUUAACAUGAAGGGUUUCCUUACCAUAAAUAGCCAACCGGCAGUAAAUGGGGAAAGAUCUGACUGCCAAACUGUUGGUUGGGGUGGGCCAGGAGGAUAUGUCUAUCAGAAGGCAUACUUAGAGUUUUUCUGCUCCAGGGAAAAGUUGGAUUCUCUUGUUGAGAAAUCUAGGGCUUUCCCAUCAAUAACCCUAAUGGCCGUUAACAAAGAAGGAAGUUGGAUUUCUAAUAUUGGUCAUGUGGAUGUGAAUGCCGUGACAUGGGGAGUUUUUCCUGGAAAAGAGAUCAUCCAACCAACUGUUUUGGAUCCUUCUAGCUUUAUUGUAUGGAAGGAUGAGGCUUUUGAAAUUUGGUCAAAAGUGUGGGCUUCCUUAUACCCUGAGGGCGAUCCUUCUAGAAAUUUACUUGAACAGGUGCGCAACAGUCAUUUCUUAGUCAGUUUGGUGGACAAUGACUAUAUCCACUCCAACAUUUUUUCUGUAUUUUCUGAUUUUUGA